AGGACUUUGAGAUGGAGGUGGAUAAACGUUUACUGGUGAACUGUGAGGUGAACGUUACCAAGCAGACGUUUCACAGAAAGCAUAACAGCCUUGCUUUCGUAAGGUGGCUCUCAGCCCACAGUUUGCAUAAUAUGUUUAUAAAGAGAGCAUAAUUUUAUGAACUUCAUUUAGAGAUGUUAUAAAUGGAUGUAGCCGUUGCGUUGUUUGGAAUGACAGUGGUCGCAAGUUAGGCCCUUGAUAAGCAUCGAUUAAUGAUGGAUAAAAGUGGGAGUAUCAUUGAAGAGAACGACUCGGACGAGGACCUUACAGAAGAGCGGGUAGAAGCUUGGCUCGAUGCAAAUCCAGAGUUUGUAGAAUCAUAUUUUAAUCGCAAAGCACAGAGGACUUUGUUAGGAUCUUUUCUGCGACACUCCAGAGGCUCUUCCCGGUCGAGAUCUCGGGCUGCUACACCUCCUGUUGUCCCCGACUUUUAUCGAAGCCCAAGUUCUGGAACAUCAACACCAAUCAGAAAAAGUUCUGUUUCUGAUUUUGACAACAGAGGAAUUUUAAAACCGAUUGUCAGUGAUGGGCAACACAGUUUUCUAGGAUUAGAAAGGCAGUUCGGCAGACCAGUUCGGCAAAGGAAAUCUAAAGAAGAGUUACAACAGUUGAGAGUUCUUGACGAACAAGCCUUUCUUGUUGAAAUUGUUAAAGAUAUCGCAAAUGAUUUUCAAAUCAAAGGUUUAUGUCACAAAAUUCUCCAGAAUGUCAGUUUAAUGACAAAUGGAGACCGUUGCUCUUUAUUUAUAGUGAAAGGAGCGAAGGAUGGUCCACGGUUCUUGUGUGCACAGGUUUUCGAUGUUAAUGCUGACUCCAAGUUAGAGGACCUGGAUGACAUGGGGGAAAUAAACGUACCAUGGGGAACUGGAAUCAUAGGCUACACUGCAGAAACCGGCGAAACAGUCAACAUCCCAGAUGCCUACCAGGACUCAAGAUUUAAUCAAGAAAUCGACAAAAGAACAGGCUACAAAACAAAGAGCAUCUUAUGCAUGCCACUAAAAACAUCAGAGGGAGAGGUCAUCGGUGUUGCGCAGGUCAUCAACAAAGUGGGACCUGAUGGCCAAGUGCAGGUUUUUACGGCUGACGAUGAAAAGAUCUUCGAAAAAUAUCUCGUCUUCUGCGGUAUUGGCAUUACGAAUGCCCAUCUGUAUGAGCGAUCGCAAGCAGAGAUCAAAAGAAAUCAGGUGCUGUUGGAUUUGACUAGGACAAUUUUUGAAGAGCAGAGCUCUCUUGAUAACAUAGUGCACAAAAUAAUGAUGAACACACAAUCCUUCCUUCAAUGUGAACGAUGUUCUGUUCUCCUCGUUGACCCGAAAUCAAAGGGUUUGUUUUCGCAAGCUUUUGAUUUGGAGGCCCGAGAAUGUUUCGACGAUGAUGGCCAAACAAUCGUCAGAAAACAGUCUUGUGGCACAUCUGAAGUUCGAUUUCCUAUUAACAUUGGUAUAACUGGUUUCGUUGCCACUACUGGAGAGACAUUGAACAUCCCUGAUGCUUAUGCCGACCCACGUUUCGACCCAUCAGUUGACGAAGGCUCUGGAUUCAAGACAAAGACAAUUUUGUGCAUGCCAAUUAGAAACGCAAUUGGAGAUUUAAUAGGUGUCGUCCAGCUUUUAAACAAAAUGGAUGGAAUGCCUUUCAAUGAAAAUGAUGAGAAUUUCUUUGAGGCGUUUGCCAUAUUCUGCGGCAUGGCAAUUCACCACACUGCAAUGUAUGAAGAAUGUCAGAAAGCACUGGCAAGACAGAAAGUCGCUUUAGAAAUUCUUUCUUACCAUGCAAGUGAGUCAGACGAGGAAACUGAAAAGCUGCUGGAAACCAAAGUGUCGUCCGUACAACAUUACCAGCUUUCGGAUUACAGAUUCGAUGACUUGCCGUUAUCUGACAGAGAAACUUGCGUGGCUACACUUCGAGUAUUUUUAGAUCUACAGUUUUUACAUCGAUUUCAUAUCAGUUACCAGACGUUAUGCAAAUGGGUUUUAUCAGUAAAGAAGAAUUAUAGAAAUGUGAUAUAUCAUAAUUGGAGGCACGCGUUUAAUGUCAUGCAGAUGAUGUAUGCAAUGAUAAAGCACACCUCGGAGCUGGAUAAUGCAUUUACAGACGUCGAGAAACUGUGUCUGAUAGUCGCCUGUUUAUGUCAUGACCUUGACCACAGAGGAACAAAUAACACGUUUCAAGUGAAAACUGAAUCAGCUUUAGCACAGUUAUAUGGAACUUCAGUCAUGGAGCACCAUCAUUUCGACCAUUGCAUAAUGAUCCUAAACAGCCCUGGAAAUGAAAUUUUCCAAAGUUUGUCCACCGAGGAAUACGGUGAAGCUAUCCAGAUAUUGGAACAGGCCAUUCUAGCCACUGAUUUAGCUCUGUAUUUCAAGAAAAGAGGAACUUUUUUCGAACUUAUUAAAAGUGACCACUUUGAUUGGAUGUCUGAACACCAUCGAUCUCUUUUACGCUCAAUGCUUAUGACUGCAUCUGACAUCUCUGCAAUAACCAAACCGUGGACGGUUCAACAUAGGCAAAAACAAAUGGAAGCUCAAGCGGCAGCUCAUCAAGAACAAAUGAAGGCUCUUCUCCAUACAAUGUCUUUUUCAGAAUCAGGAACUGCACGUUUUACUUCUACAUUACCUUCAGUACCUGUUUUCGAACCAUUUGAUUCUACAAGUGAAUUGUGGCCUGACUACUACGAUAGGUUUUUGACAUUUUUUGGUGCACAUAAUGUUAAUGACGAUAGAAAGGCUCAAAUUUUCCUAAUUAAUCAAUCUAAGGAUGUUUACCGGUUACUGGGAAAUUUGGCAAAACAGCAGAAUCCACCCAAGCAAAUUAAUGAUCUUAGCAUGGAUGAAAUUGUAAAUUUCAUGAAGACGCAAUAUGACCCCAAACGAUUUGUUGUACACGAACGCUUCAAGUUUUGGAGUGAUAUGCGCAGAAAGCCAGGUGAAACGCUACAGGAGCUUGCGGCACGUAUUCGCCAAGAUGCUGCCACCUGUGGUUUUGCAUCCAUCAAGGAUCCUCAGGAUGAAGCACUCAGAUCUCGUUUUAUUUGUUCUGUAAACAAUGAGGCAGUGCUUAAAGCCCUUUUUAAGGUCAAGGACGACGAACUUGAUUUUGCUAGGGCUAUUGAAAUUGCCACAGAAACAGAGGAUGCAGCUAAAGUGGCUAAAGACACGGUUUAUGGGGCUAGGCCAAAAUCUGUACACAAGGUCGCUCUACGGCCCUCUAACAAAGCAAUGGAAACCAAGUCCAAGACAGGCAAAUCAGCUUGUUACCGCUGUGGUGUUGAAACCCACCAAGCACCACAAUGCCGUUUCAAGGACUCAGAAUGCCACUUCUGCGGAAUUAAAGGACACAGCUCGAAGCACACCUCGGAGCUGGAUAAUGCAUUUACAGACGUCGAGAAACUGUGUCUGAUAGUCGCCUGUUUAUGUCAUGACCUUGACCACAGAGGAACAAAUAACACGUUUCAAGUGAAAACUGAAUCAGCUUUAGCACAGUUAUAUGGAACUUCAGUCAUGGAGCACCAUCAUUUCGACCAUUGCAUAAUGAUCCUAAACAGCCCUGGGAAUGAAAUAUUCCAAAGUUUGUCCACCGAGGAAUACGGUGAAGCUAUCCAGAUAUUGGAACAGGCCAUUCUAGCCACUGAUUUAGCUCUGUAUUUCAAGAAAAGAGGAACUUUUUUCGAACUUAUUAAAAGUGACCACUUUGAUUGGAUGUCUGAACACCAUCGAUCUCUUUUACGCUCAAUGCUUAUGACUGCAUCUGACAUCUCUGCAAUAACCAAACCGUGGACGGUUCAACAUAGGGUAGCACAACUUGUUGCCGAAGAGUUUUUCCAACAAGGUGAUAGAGAAGCCAAGGAACUCAAUAUGACACCCAUGGAAAUGAUGGACCGGCAGAAAAAAGACAAACUACCAAAAAUGCAAUGUGGCUUCAUAGUUAACAUAUGCUUACCAAUUUAUCAGAACCUUGCAACACGCUUCCCUUCACUUAAAGCUCUGGAAGCUGGCUGUCUGAAUAACAAAGAAGAAUGGGAGCGUCUCGCAAAGGAUUACGAAGAUACUAAUGAAAAAACAAACUAAUAAUCGGAACAGGCCGUGAUAAUCCGAAUUUGGAAGAUGAUAGCGAACUGUGGAUGAACCAUCCCUUAGUAUAUGUAUAUUUCGUGCAUAAAAGUAUUUAAUAUAUUUUCUUAUUUAAUAGAUUCUGUGCAUGAGUUAGGAAAUAAGGGAUGUGUUGCUCGUGAACCCUUCCUGGCUAAAUCUUUAAGAGAAUUUUGUUUUGUAAAUUAGUGGUUCCCAUUUUUCUGAGCCAACCACCCAUAUGUUUUAUCCUACAGUAGAAAAUGGUGAUCCAUAUUUCUUUCUUUUUUAGAAAUGUUGCAAUCUAUUGUCUACAAUAUUACCUUAUAAACUACAUCUUUUUGCAUCUUUUCAUUCCACUGUUUUGCCUUUCCGUGCACUUCAUACCUCCACUAGUCAAUCUUUAAAUAAAAUGCUUCUGUGAUCUCUGCAUCUGACUCUAAAACGGAAAGGUCACGUUUUAGGACAUUUGUUUGAAGGUUAAUGGCUGGAAUGUAUUGUUUAAAAAUUGCAAAAGGCAUAUUUACCAGGGUUUCUUUUCCGAGCAUCAUAAAUUUUUCGCAAUUUUUUGCCACCGAAAUAAACUUUCUCCCACAGUCCGCCUUAUCCGUGAGACAAUUAUGUCUCCUGUGCCGCAGAAAACAUCCUUUGCCGAAUACUAGAAAUAUAGUUUUCAAUACCUGUUGCAUAAACGUUUCUUAUUAUCGACGUUAUUUUUUUAUUUCGUCAUCUAUGUUAUCAUGUAUUCCUUUCACCUUUAAUCAUUGCUUUUAACUUUCGAUAUGGUAAUUUUACAUUGUGCAUUUUGAAUGAUUUUCAGCGUCGUGUCUCGCUUGUCAAUCCAUUUGAAUUUUUUGUGUAUUUUUGCACCUGUGCCGUAUGAAUAGUUUAAUUGGGGGUUUGUUUCGUUUGUGGAAGCAAAGGCUUUAGUUAUGUUGUAUCGUACGUAUUAAAAUACUCCUUUUGUGAUAUAGUCGGUUUUUACUCAAAGCGAAUUUCGGUAGGUUUCUUUGAAAGUGUUUUAUGUAUUCCAUCAUGUUAAUAUUUUAUUCCCUGUACAAGAUGAUCAUGAAAUCGUCUCCCGUAUUACUACUUUAAAUAUAUUUUGGUGCCCUUAUAUAUAACUUUUUCCUCCCAUGGCCCCCGUUCUUCGUCUGGCUCACACCAUAAGAUCACGCUUGCAAAACCCGCCGUCUUUCUCUAUCAUCCAUCCCUACCAUCGUUAUUGGAGGUAGACCAUCGCUUCGAAUGGUCGUUGCUUCACGUAAAUCGAGCUAAAAUUUUGGUUACCUGUGUUUGCGUUUACUCAGGUUUGCUUUCAAACUAGACUGGAUAAUUUAUGUUCUGUUUUUAAAUCAUUUAGAUAGUUUUAGCCCUUCUCUGUUCCCUGGCUCCUAAUAAACACCCACCAUUCCCAUUAACUAACCCCAGGUUACUCGAUAGAGUCAUGUCGAAUGCUUAGACCCCUUUCACACUGUCCUGGGACAAUUUUGUACCAUUACGGUUCGCAAGUGUUUACAUUGUCGCGGUUCCAAAUUGUUCCGUUUAACCGUUCCGUUUACACUGUACCGGCACGACCUUAAUUCAAUGGUAGAAUAUUGUAUACAGGAGGCUGUAUUUCGUCAACCGAGGCUUUUAUUUUGCCGCCAAAAAAGCCGAUAAAAACUUCACUUGGACGGACGACGGGGUGGCUUUAAUUCUCAGUGUUAUUUCAGACAUAGUCAAUAUGUUUUGGACUACAAAACUGCCAAGUCAAAUCAAGGCUUGGACUGGGAAAUAAUACAAGCCUUUUCUGACGUCAUCUUUUCUUCAGAAUUUCUUUAUCCUUAGGAGAUUUGAUGUACUACCAUCGAGAAUGAAUUGUAAAUGGCUUUGGCGAAGACGGUGUUAACCAUCGUAAAUGGCUGCUAAAUAUAUAUUCAGCCCAGCGAUUGCUGCCACUAAAUUUAACAAGGCGCCAAAAUCAAGGCCUCGAUUACCUGAAACAGCCAUGCAAAAGACCUCUUUGUAAAACUGUGACAGAAUCAUCUCGGAUAGGCGUAUACACUGUCCCGUUCAAAAACGGAACCGUGACGGUACAAAAUUCGUUCGCUUUCAAAGCAGGGUCAAAACUGUUCCGGAUAACAGACCAAAAUCGUCUUGGUUCCACAGUGCUAGUGUAAACGGAAGAGUGAACCUUGACAGUUUUGUCUCGGUUCCAAACUUGCACGGGACAGUGUAAACGGGGUCUGAUAUUCAUGUCAGCUCGAGUUUACGAUCAACCUAGCUUCGCUUUUUCUCUCUUUUUGGUAGAGCACAUUGCAAGUAAAUGUUUGUAUCCUUUUCUUAAUUUUAGACUUGAUAGACAAUAAUUUUGAUUGUAAUGUCGAUGAAUAUUAUAUGAUGAAAUUACUUUUCUCAAUGAUAUUGA